AGACACACCAGGAGUCAGGACGCAGGAAUAUCUAUCGUGUACUCGUGUCUCGGUUUGGAAGGGAAGAGAGAUUCAGAGAGAUUUCAUAGUUUUUUCUUCUCGAUUUCAUCUUUAUUUAUUUUUUUAAAUCUGAGGGGAGCAAUCAGCAAGAAACUCGGAAAGCUAUUCAUGGCCGCUUCCUCUUUAUCGUCUCCGUCUGACUCGUCGUCUUCGUCUCAUCGGGAUCGGCGUCGUCGUCGUCGUCAUCGAGGAGACAGAGACGCUCUUAAGAUUCGUAAGAAGAGCCGCUUGCGUUCUAAGCGAAAGCGAAGACAUCACGCUUCUGAUAGUUCUUCUUCUUCUUCUACCGAUGAUUACAGUAGCAACUCUUCUGACGGUGAGCAUGAGGUAUCCAAUCAUUCAAGGAAGGGCAAGCAUUCUGACCGUCCAAGGAAGACCAAGGAGAAGGAUAGAGGCAAAAGUCACCAGCACAAGCGCCAUAAGCUUAAAGUUAAAGAGAAACAGCAGAAUGAGGGGAGCGGUAGCCCAGUACAGCUUUCCAAGUUCUUGGGGCGUGACAAAGAAGAUGGUGUUCGUCGCAGUGCGGUAUCUGGCAAAAAGAUUUUGUUGAAGCUUGAGAAAUCAAAGGAGGACAAGUUGGCAGAAAACAACCGCAAUAAACUGCUGAAGUUUUUGAAUGCCAGUUAUGAUUAAUUUAGUGUCUGUAGCUCAAUUUCGUGAGACAUUCGGGUGCUUUCAGAGGUAAUGGCUACUACAGCUAUGAAGUUAAGUCAGCUGCUUUGGAUUUUCUCUGAGGAAGGUAAUGCCAAAAUGUGUAUCCCGUGCAGUUGCCUUAACAUGUCAGGUCUUUCAUUCUCUGGUAAUGUAUAUCAGUGCUUCUAUCUUGCUUCACAUGUUUGCCCUUUUAUAUCGAUUGAGAUUGAUCCCGAGUUUUAAAACCUUACGUGUUAUUGAUUUGUAAGGUAUAACAUUAGAGCAAUAACUGUUCACCCUAUGUUGUGCUUCUAUCUUAAUGAAAAGGGACGUUUAUUGAA